AUGGGAAAAGUGUGGAGGAACACCAUCGAAGGCUUCAAACAAAGCAUCAAGCGGAGCAGAAACCCAUCAAGAACACCUAUAAAUACUCAAAAGAAGAGCGUCACUAAAGACUUGUCGGCACCCAAGUCCAAGAGGCUGGCAAGGCAGAACAGCUUUAAGGUGAAAACCGGUGUCAGGGGGGACAGGGCCAUGUUGUCCCCCCCGGAUGCACCUCCAGCCUGUCCCCACUGCAAGGACAGUCUGGUGGCCGCUCCACCUGCGAGGACAGGGUCAGGGGGGUGUGAGGGACACCCCGGGAUGGCAGGCUGCAGGGUGGCGGUCGCACCCCUGGAUGCCUCUGACCCACCUCUGAGGGUGGAACACAGACAUGAAGCUCGACAGGUUCAGCCCGAGUCCAGGGAUGUGUCGGAGCGUCUGGUCCAGUUGCAGCGCUGUAUGAAUUCCCUCCAGGAGCCAGGGGUCCCCAGGGGCCGUGUAGUCCAGGGAGGGGACACGCUGGGGGCCAUUCUGGCUCUGAUGGCUGCAGUACUGACAGAGUGUGACCUACACUGUCACAGUCAGGCCCUCAGGGCUAUGGCCAGGCGACUGGCGGUCCCCUCAGCGAGGCUGCAUCCUCAGGACUGUGCUGAGAUCUAUCGUUUGGGGAUCAAAGAGAACGGAAUCUACACCAUCCAGCCUGACCCACGCAGACCUGCAGUGGAGGCAGAGUGUGACAUGGAGACAGCAGGCGGGGGGUGGACAGUGUUCCAGCGUCGGCGAGAUGGCUCGGUGGACUUCAACCGGACGUGGCAGGAGUACCGCGAGGGUUUUGGUUCACCACAGGGAGAAUACUGGCUGGGGAACGCAGCGCUGCAUGCGCUAACCAACACUGGUCAACACCUGCUGCGUAUACAACUGGAGGACUGGCACCAGCAGAAACGCCAAGCCACCUACAACACUUUCAGAGUGGCAGCAGAGGCACAGAGGUACCGUCUGACAGCACGGGAGUACUCUGGUGACGCGGGCAAUGCCCUGAGCUACAGCAAACGCUACAACCACGACGGCCGAGCGUUCAGCACCAACGACCGUGACCACGAUCGCUACACGUCAGGGAACUGUGCGGAGUACUAUGGUGCAGGCUGGUGGUUCGACGCCUGCCUGGCGUCUAACCUGAAUGGACUCUUCUACCGCGGGCGCUACAGCGGGCUGACUAAUGGCAUAUACUGGGGCACCUGGUACAUCCUGACAGACAUUCACAGCGGAGAGCGCUACUCCUUUAAGAGUGUGGAGAUGAAGACACGCCCACGCAACUUCUAAUGAAGUUGGGAGCUAGUAGAUAAACAUACCCAAACAUGUUUUUUUCAGGAGAUGGCCAUAAACAAUAACUGGUAAUGUUGCAUAAUUAUAGAAAGGUCUGGAUCUCACCUUUCGGUAAAAAAAAAUGUUAGAAAUUGCUGAGAUAUACUCACUUGUGAGGACACAAGCUCAAUUACAUAGUUCAAAUAUUAUGAAAAUCUAAAAAAUUAUUAUGAAAUUAUUUAGUAUUUUUUCAUGUUGAGAUCUCUAAAUCCGGUUGAGAAUAUCACAGUGACAAGAACCACAAUGGUUGGGUACGCUAGACUGUUACUGUUCAUAUGCCGCCUCCCAGGCUGGGCUCUGUCACUCAUGAGCAGAGCGAAUCGAUUCUUUGUCUGUAUAGGCCAGAGAAUGUGACAUGUCACUCCCUAUUCAAAUGUGGGGUCUGAUACCUGACACUUCAAGUCAGCUCCGUUGAGAGAGUGGUAGCGCAGAGUAGACAGAUGGGGCUUUCUGACAAUAUAAGGCACGGGACCCUACGACAUUCACAGAACGCUUUGUACCCCAAAAUCAGUUGGAACAUGUCCCGAACCGCUCAAAGUCUCAAAAUAUAGGGGACUUAACAUCUUCAAAUUAAAACAUAGGACUACUACACAAUACUCUGAGCCAUGGUACUACUAUAUACAAAUCUAGGGUGGGGAACAUUAGCCUGGUCCAAAUCUGUUUGUGCUGUCUUGCCAACUCCUAUAGUCAUGUCACUCCAAACAAUAUUAGCAAGACCACACAAACAGAUCUGGGACCAGGCUAGGGAAACCCUAAACUGGCUGCAGAGUGUGUGAAGGUUAUUGUUACUCAGCUAAUGACUGGAUGUUUGAUUCACUGGAUAAUGUUGGGAUAGUGAGCCAUUAAAGAAGUUUUUCCAGGUGUAAAUAUGGUGCUAAAUGGAAAACUGGUCAGAUGACUCUGUCCUUAUCAAGUCAAAUCAACAUGGCCAUUAAAGCAAGAUUGUUCUUCAAAAUGUUCAAAUGUUCAUAGAUGACCAGCAGGGUCAAAUAAUAAUCUCAGUGGUUGUAGAGGGUGCAACAGGUUCUUCACCUUAGGUGUAAAUGUCAGUUUGCUUUUCAUAGCUGAACAUUUAGAGGUCGAGAGAGAGAGAGAGAGAGAGAGAGACAGAGAGAGAGAGAGAGAGAGAGAGAGAGACAGAGAGAGAGAGAGAGAGACAGAGACAGAGAGAGAGAGACAGAGAGAGAGAGAGACAGAGAGAGAGAGAGAGAGAGAGAGAGAGAGACAGAGACAGAGACAGAGAGACAGAGA